AUGCUCCCGAGCGCCGUGGCGGCCCAUGCCGGCGCCUACUGGGACGUGGUGGCUUCCUCCGCGCUGCUGAACUUCCCCGCCGCGCCGGGCUUCGGCAACCUGGGCAAGAGUUUCCUGAUCGAGAACUUGCUGCGGGCUGGGGGCGCCCCGCCGCACAGUCUACCACCGCCCCCGCCCCACGGCCCGGCAGCAGCUCUCGCCGCGGGCGCUCAGGUCCGGCCCCUGCCCGCCAGCCCGGUUCCGCUCAAGCUGUGCCCCGCGGCAGAACCAGUCAGCCCCAGCGGGGCGCUCUACGGCACGCGGUGGGCGUUUCAAGUGCUCAGCCCCUCGGCGGACGGCGCCAGGCUGCCGAGCCGGGCUCCGGCGGACCGAGACUGUGCCUUCCAGCCAUCAACCCCAGCGCCUUCCAAGCCUUUUUUUCUGAGCGCCCCGCCAUUCUAUUCGUCGUGCUGCGGUGGGUCCUGUCGGCGCCCUGCCUCCCCCACUGCUUUUCCAAGAGAAGAGAGUGUGCUGCCUCUUCUGACACAGGAAUCUAAUUCCAAAGCUCGGAGGGGUAUUUUAAGAAGAGCUGUCUUUUCUGAGGACCAGAGAAAGGCUCUGGAGAAAAUGUUUCAGAAGCAGAAAUAUAUCAGCAAAACAGACCGAAAGAAACUUGCCGUCAACUUGGGACUAAAGGAAUCACAGGUGAAAAUCUGGUUUCAGAACAGAAGGAUGAAAUGGCGGAAUUCCAAAGAAAAGGAAGUGCUUUCCAACAGGUGUAUCCAAGAAGUAGUUCUUCAAGAGGACCCCCUCUCAAGAUCUGCUCUGGGUUUCCCUUCUCCAUGUCCUUCACUCUGGGAAAUCUCCCAACAGCACUCGAGUCCAAGAUGGAGGGAGAAUUCACCAGAACCAUCAGAGAGACUAAUCCUGGAGAGUCCAGGGGCACUGGCCCCAGAAGCAAAGUCACUGCAAGGUGCCUUAUAUUUGUGUUCUGAAGAGGAUGCCAGAGACAAGGGUGUACUUACUGGCUCAGUGUGAAUGGAAGCAUUCUGCCACGUUAACGUAAAGAACAGUUAACUAUUAACGUUUGGACUCUUAAGCCUGCUAGCUUGUGUCUCAUCAGUGCCUAAAACCUAACACCUUUGGAGUGAAGCAUGGACUAAUGUUUUAGGAAACCUCUCCAGUGUUCUCUUAUGUGGGUCCUAGACUCAGACUUAAUUUGUAAGUGGAACAGAAUCUCCCAGAAAGUACGAUGGAACU